UCCGUUGUCACGGAGCGGCGCGACAGGCCGUAAAGCGCGCGGCGCUUCCGGUUUGGCGUGGAGGGGUGGUCCGGGAGCCUCGUGUGAGGGAGCGCGGAGGCCCCGGGUGCCCGCGCCGCCGCCCCCCGGCGCCCGCCGCCCCCAGGAUGUUCAAGAAAUUUGAUGAAAAGGAGAAUGUAUCAAACUGCAUCCAGCUGAAGACUUCAGUUAUUAAAGGUAUUAAGAAUCAGCUGAUAGACCAGUUUCCUGUUAUUGAACCAUGGCUAAACCAAAUUAUGCCAAAGAAAGACCCAGUCAAAAUAGUAAGAUGUCAUGAACACAUAGAAAUCCUCACUGUGAAUGGGGAGUUGCUGUUCUUCAGACAGAGAGAAGGGAUUUUUUACCCGACACUAAGGUUGCUUCACAAAUACCCAUUUAUUCUACCACAUCAGCAGGUUGAUAAAGGCGCCAUUAAAUUUGUACUAAGUGGAGCUAAUAUAAUGUGCCCUGGCCUGACGUCUCCUGGAGCAAAGCUUUACCCUGCUGCCGUUGAUACAGUUGUUGCAAUAAUGGCAGAGGGAAAACAACAUGCAUUAUGUGUGGGAGUAAUGAAGAUGUCAGCUGAGGACAUUGAGAAGGUCAACAAAGGGAUUGGUAUCGAAAAUAUCCACUAUUUAAAUGAUGGCCUUUGGCAUAUGAAGACAUACAAGUGAAACAAAAGGAACUGUGUUACUCCAAAGGAAUGCACUUAGAUUAAAUGUGGACUGCUUUGUAAUUCCUUGUUUUUAAUGUGACUGAAUGUACAAAUUAUUUUGUUCUGUGGCUAUGCUAAAUAAAUCAAGUGAAUGCGAAAGUA